ACAUUUAAGUGUACAGCUUUAAGAAACCAGGAAGAAUGAAAGGAGGCUGUGUCUGGACUGUCAGACUGUCUAUGCUGCUAUUGUUACUUUGGUCAGAUCCCCUGGGCAGCCAGCACACAACAGACCACAGAAAGGUUCCUCAGAGGGCAGAGCACCACGAGGAAGUUAGGGCAGAGCAUGGAGAAAUUCAGGGAUCUUGGGGUGUCUGGGGUCCCUGGUCAGCUUGCUCCCAGACCUGUGGAAAAGGAGUACAAGAACAGACUAGGCCCUGCCUACCUGUGUACGCUCCAUCUCAGUACCCCUCCAGAGGGGCUGGUGUUCAGCCUCAUCAACCAGGCCAUAUAGUUUCAGCUCUUCGGCCUACAGUUCCUCUGCACCGCAGCACAGCCAGAACCUACAACAGCAGCAGCCGUGGAGAGCUGAGAAAAGAGAAGGAGAACAGGCCUGGUGGGCGCAGGAGGGUAACAAACAUUAUCCCAGGGAAGUAUGGCUAUGGAAGGGCGCCCUAUGUUGCUUCACUGCAGACGGAUACAGGCCAGGUCUCUAAGAUCCCUCGCCCACACAGACACAGACGCUCUGCUGCAGCUAAUUCCCACCACCCCACAGCUAGAGGCCAUGGUAGCCACAGGUUAAACAACCCUAAUGCUUCCAGCAAUCUCCAUCUCUACAGCAGACCCUACAUGAAUGCCAGGACACAGCAUCCCAGAAAUAACCAAGUCUGGGCUCCCCUUUACCAGCCUAGUUCAGCCAACAAGGCUGAGGUCCAACAGGAGCACCAUACAGGCAGCCACAUGUCCAAUCCUAAGCAGCACCAAGUGAGACCUUACAACCCUCUGCCUUCUUCCUUCUGUACUGGGGAGCAUGCUCGCUACAGGAUCUGCAACAGUAAUGCCUGUCCCCCAUCCAGCAGGCACAUCCGGGCUGUCCAGUGUUCAUCUUACAACAACCAGCCUUUCAUGGGCAGACUUUCAUUCUCUACCGCUCACCCUCCCUCCUCUAAAAAAGAAAAAAACCCUGGUCCCCCUUACCUCCCCCAGCUGCACCUCCCCCAGCUCAGUUUACAAGGGGAGCUCAUAGAGAUCAGUUCAAUAGUGAGAGGGUUCUUUUGGCAUUCUCAGAGCUACAGCGGUAUAGAAGAGGCUGACGGGAGCAGCCACUGGACCCGUGUGGACGCCUCAGUGACCGCUUGA